AUGAUCCGCAUUGAUUUAAAUGGCGCAACACCCCUCUCCGUUUCACAGACCAAACUACAGUCUCUCUACACAAAGACGCUUUCCGUGUGUAAGAAUGAUUUAGUGAUGGGCAAAUUCAUUGGGAAAGGGUGUUAUGGCUCCGUCUACAAAUCACAACUAGCUGGAUUGAAUGUUGCAGUGAAAGUGUUUCACCAACGUCCACGUGGUGAGAAGGUUGACAAAUUUAUCAGUGAGAUGUCAUUACUUCAAAGUAGUCAUCACAAGAAUGUAGUUCUCUUCAUAGGACUCUGCAAAGAGCCCAAUAGAGUCUCUAUAGUCACUGAAUAUAUUCCAAUGGACUUGGACAAGCUCCUCCAUCAUCAAGAAGACAUCGUUGGCAUCGAUUUCUCAAAGUUCGACUUCUCCUUUGAAAACAAGAUCAACAUCGCAGAGCAAUGCGCUUUGGGAAUUCAAUGGGUCCACAACAGAUUCGACAUCAUUCACAAAGACAUAAAACCUCCUAACUUUUUGGUCGACUCGGACUUCACCGUCAAAAUUUGCGACUUCGGAUUCGCGGAAGUAUUAACUGACGAUGUAAGAUAUGAAGGAACUCCAAUGUACUCCUCCCCAGAAAUUAUUAACAAAACACCAGGGCUAGGUAAGGCAACAGAUAUAUACUCCUUUGGAAUAACGCUUUGGGAAAUUUUUUAUAGAGCUCAACCUUUCAGAGAGUAUUUAGCAUCCUUUAAAGACUCUAUCACUCUGUUUGCUAAUUUCAUUAACAAAGGUGGACGGCCGUUUAUGCCAGGAGAAGCUACAGAAGACACGGACCCCCAACAUUAUAGAGAAUAUUAUGAAUAUGAAAUGCAAAGCACCCCACUCGAAAUUGAGAAUUUAAUAAAAAGAUGUUGGUCUGCUGAUCCUUUGCUACGACCAGAUAUCAAUGAAUUAGUCAAAAGUCUAUCAGACAUCAAGUUGAGAAUGAUGUUAGGGAACAACUCGUCAGUUGAGUGGUGGAAAACACACGUCUUGUCGCAAUUGUCAUCGAGUGAGACUUCGACGAACUCUGCACUCUUUUUAGAAGAACUUAAUUUGACAUUUAGUGACACAAAGGAGACUCCAGAGAAACAACACUUCAGUGAAAUUCUCAGUAAAGUUGGUGAGGAGAAUCAAGUCGACUUGGAACGAUUCAGUUUUUUACUCUCUGUCUUCGGUGAGUUUGUAACAAAGAAAGAACUCUUCCAAAAGAUGAUCAAUGUCUUCCAACAACAAUGGUAUUUUCCUCUGGUACCUCGCGAAGUUGCCUUAUCAUUCCUUGAAGGACAAAUAGAUGGCACUUUUAUGGUUCGAGAAAGUCAUAGCACACCUACACACCCGCUCACUCUAUCUAAAAGAGAAAACGGAACUACUGUAAACUCAAGAAUCAAAUGUACACUCAAUAAAGACAACGAAAUUACUUAUUCUAUAACUACUAAAGGGUUCUCUAUUACUAAUAAUAACUUGUGUGCUAUUGUUGAGCAACUCAUUAGCAAUGGCGUCGUAACUGUGCCUUGUAGAAAGGAAAUUAAUGAUUCAAUUUACUGA